CUUUGACCAUCAACUAAAGAUACCGACCUUUUUUGCUUCCUCCUCGACUAACCGGUCCAACCGACCCGAAUUCGUCAAAUUAGCUGAACCAGUUAGUUCGGUCAGCUCAGUUUUUAAACUUGACAUUUCAGUGGUAAUAUACGGUCGACACGUGUCUGAGGACCCUCCUCCUCUGCUCCUAUUUAAAAGCGCCCCUCCUCUUCUUCUCCCUCCAUUGCCAUUUCGAAGAAGAAUCCAACGAAACAACAGCUGCACUCCAUUUCAGCCACCACCUCCAUUAACGACCUCAGAGAUGUGCAACCCAACUGCUACUGCACGUCCCAAGGCUCAUCUUUUGGCCACCCAUGACGAUCUGCAUCGCCAUCCCACUCUCUCCGAGUUGGCGGAGGAGAUGCGGGAGAUUGGGAAGAUCUCGGUGCCGGCGGCGGUCACCGGCCUGAUGCUGUAUUCGCGCGGAAUGAUCUCGAUGCUGUUCCUCGGGUACCUCGGCGAGUUGGAGCUCGCCGCCGGGUCGCUGGCGAUCGGGUUUGCUAAUAUUACUGGUUACGCUGUGCUCUCGGGGCUGGCGAUGGGGAUGGAACCCAUCUGCGCGCAGGCCUUCGGCGCCGACCGGCGCCGGCUCCUCGGCCUCACCCUGCAGCGCGCCACCCUGCUCCUCCUCUCCGCCUCCCUCCCGAUCGCCUUCCUCUGGUUUAACGCCCGCACCAUCCUCCUCCGAUGCGGGCAGGACGCGGAGAUUGCGACGGCAGCGCAGGUGUUCGUCGCGGCAGCCUCGCCGGAUCUCCUCCUCCUCUCCUUACUACACCCGCUCCGAGUCUUCCUCCGCUCCCAGAACAUCACCCUCCCAGUCACCUACUGCUCCUCCUUCUGCGUCGCGCUCCAUGGCCCGCUCACGUACCUUCUCGCCGUUCGCCUCCGCCUCGGCAUAGCUGGCGUGGCGGCAGCCAUGGUGUGGACCAACCUCAACCUCCUUGUUUGCCUCCUCCUCUUCCUCCUCCUCUCUGGCGCAUGCCGCGAUACGUGUCCCGGCGGUGGAGGCGGCUUCCUCUCGGGCGAAUGCUUCCGCGGGUGGCCAGCGCUGCUCCGCCUUGCGGCUCCAUCUUGCGUCUCCGUCUGCCUAGAAUGGUGGUGGUACGAACUGAUGAUCCUCCUCAGCGGCCUGCUUGCGCACCCCCGCGCUGCCGUGGCCUCCAUGGGCAUCCUCAUCCAGACUACCUCCCUCGUCUACGUCUUCCCCAACGCUCUCAGCUUCGGCGUCUCCACCCGCGUCGGCAACGUCCUGGGUGCCAAUCGCCCGGCCAAGGCCCGCGACGCCGCCGCUUCCGCCCUCGCCGCCGCCCUCGCCCUCGGCCUCGCCGCCACCGCCUUCACCGCCUCCAUGCGCCACCAGUGGGGGCGCCUCUUCACCCGCGACCCCGAAAUCCUCCACCUCACCACUCUUGCGCUCCCCAUCGCCGGCCUCUGCGAGCUCGGCAAUUGCCCGCAGACCGCCGGUUGCGGAGUCCUCCGCGGCAGCGCCCGCCCUGCCACCGGCGCCAACAUCAACCUGGGCUCCUUCUACUUGGUCGGCAUGCCGGUGGCAAUUCUCCUCAGCUUCGUCGGAAAAAUGGGCUUGCCGGGGCUGUGGCUGGGGCUCCUUGCAGCGCAGGCAACGUGCGCCUCGCUUAUGGCCGGCGCCGUCGCCAGAACAAAUUGGGCAACAGAGGCAGAGCGCGCCAGACGCUUAACCGACUCUUCUUCUUCUCCUUCAAUGAUUCCAAUUACUAAUUCCAAUGAAAUAACUCCAAUAACUACUCUGUCUCUCAUCUCCGUGGAAGCCGAGAAGACGAAGACCACCCCAACCCUUGAAGACAUUCUAGCCAUCAUUAAUGGUGAUCCAGAAACAGCUCCUCUCAUUCUCCCUCUCCCUGUGAAUUAAAUUCUUUUCCAUUUUUGUGGUUUUGAUCAUGAUAUAGUUUGCAAGCUUAUCUAAUUCCUCUAUUAAUUUUCUCAUCGUUUUCGUCGUCGUCGUCUUCUUCUUCUUCUUCUAAUGGAUCGGACUGAGGGGAAAUGUGAUUAAAGAUGGUAAUGAAUGAAGUAAGGGAGACAGCCACUCUCUGUGAUUAAA